GGCUUGUCGCAAACGCGAAGCGCUCGUUCGGCUGUCCCUCGCUUCUAUCACUCUUCCUUCACAACUUACCCGCCGCUCCUCCCUUGCCGACCGCUCGCUUGGCCGCCGAGCAGUGGAGGGAAGCUCUUCUCUUUCUGGGCCUCAGCGGCGCCUCCUUUCCUUUCCUCUCCUCUCCUCUCCCCCGCCUCCCCCUCCUUCCUUCCGUUUACCCGCCUCCCGAAAUGCCCCCCAAGAAGCAGCCCUCCGGGGCAGCGGCGGGGGGUGGCAGUAAAAAGGCGGACCAGAAAAAGAAGGAGAAAAUAAUCGAGGACAAAACAUUUGGCUUAAAGAAUAAGAAAGGAGCAAAGCAGCAAAAGUUUAUCAAAGCUGUGACCCACCAAGUUAAAUUUGGCCAGCAAAACCCACGGCAGGCUGCUCAGGAGGGUGAUAAGAAAUUAAAGAAAGAUGAUAAGAAGAAAGAAUUACAAGAACUGAAUGAGCUUUUUAAACCUGUGGUUGCUGCACAGAAGAUCAGUAAAGGUGCUGAUCCAAAAUCAGUAGUCUGUGCUUUCUUUAAGCAAGGGCAGUGCACAAAAGGAGACAAGUGCAAAUUUUCUCAUGACUUGACUUUGGAGAGAAAGUGUGAAAAGAGAAGUGUUUACAUUGAUGCAAGGGAUGAAGAUCUUGAAAAAGACACAAUGGAUAACUGGGAUGAAAAGAAACUGGAGGAGGUAGUGAACAAGAAGCAUGGUGAGGCUGAAAAGAAAAAACCCAAAACACAAAUAGUCUGCAAGUAUUUCCUUGAUGCUAUUGAAAACAAUAAAUAUGGAUGGUUCUGGGUCUGUCCUGGUGGGGGAGACAACUGUAUGUACCGCCAUGCUCUUCCUCCUGGCUUCAUACUCAAAAAGGACAAAAAGAAAGAAGAAAAAGAAGAAGAAAUUUCUUUAGAAGAUCUAAUAGAAAAAGAGCGAGCUGCCUUAGGACCAAAUGUAACUAAAAUUACUUUAGAGUCUUUUCUUGCAUGGAAGAAAAGGAAGAGACAAGAAAAGAUUAAUAAGGCAGAGCAAGAUAUGGAAAGAAGGAAAGCAGACUUUAAGGCUGGCAAAGCCCUGGUGAUCAGUGGGCGCGAAGUGUUUGAGUUCCGGCCAGAGCUCGUAGAUGCAGAUGACGAAGAAGCAGAUGACACUCGUUAUAUUCAAGGAACAGGUGAAGAUGAGGUUGAGGAACUUGUGCGUGUCAAUGAUGUGGACUUGAACCAGUAUGUUCCAAAAGAUGUGGAUGAGACUGGAAUUACCGUAGCUAGUCUGGAACGAUUUACCACAUAUGCUUCUGCUGAAAAAGAUGAUAACAAACUGAGCGAAGCUUCAGGAGGCAGACUAGAGAACGGAGAGCAAAGUGAUUUGGAAGCUGACAAUGACAUGGAACAUACCCAAGAAAACGGAGAUAUUGAUGCAGUACCAGUUGACGAAAAUCUUUUUACUGGUGAGGACUUGGAAGAACUAGAAGAAGAACUAAACACACUUGAUUUAGAGGAAUGAGGAAGCAGAUUCAAGUGUGAAUUUAAACCUACUUGACAAAGCGAAUACCAGCUCCAUCUGUUUUAUCUUGAAUUCUUAAAUGGAGUGUUUGUGGUUCCUCACGUGAUUCUGGAAAGAACAUAGAACAGAAAUAAUUCUGCUCCCCUCUUUUCUCCCUGAUUCAGUCUUAACCAGCUUCAUAAUAAACCACCCAGAUAGUACAUUGAAGGAUCUUAGAUUGACAUUAUGAACAGAGUCCAACCAAUAGUAGGAAGUCUAACUACAUCUGCGGGAUGUGUGAAGGGGAAUAUUGUUGCCAGGUCCAUGAGGAGGUCUGAAUAAAAUUCUUCAGCAGAACUGCAUUUGAAAUAGCUAUACUUGAUUGCUUUAAGAUUGAGCGAUGUAUUAUACAAUCUAAGCAAUAAGAUUGGAAUGACUAUGCUCUUACAAGUGCUGCAGUUGUUCAAGUACUCUUAAGCAAAUUGAUGGUCAAAGUACGGUUCAAUUGAGUGACACUCAGCUAUGGGGCCCUGCCUCCCUUGAACCCACAAAGGUGUAAAUAAAGAAAAUCUGAUGAAAAACAUGUUGGUUCUAGUGUAUAUGCAUGUUUUUCAGAUAUGCAGACCUAUGCGUAAACAACAACAAUUCUGCUCAUACUAGUAACAGUAGUCGCAGCUUACGUUGCAACCUCUAGAUUGCCCCCUGGUGUGAAAAGGCAUUUUCUUUCUUUCUGCCUACCAAAAAUUCCAGUAAAUUACAAAUAUGACCUACCAUGACUUCACUCUUUCUGGAUUUCUCUCCUCCUCAUCAUCAUUCUUUCAUGUGUAUCCGUUGUACAUAAGAUAAUGUAUUUGAGAUUUUGGAAUUCUGCUUUAAAAAAACCUUUUAGAGCAGGGUUUUCCUACAUCCUUUAGUAUCUAGAGGAAAAUGGAUGCAACUUUUAUCAUCUAAUUAAAGAUGAACUACCAUAUACCAGUGAUAUUUUAGAAAAUAGUGUUAGCCAGUGAUAAAUAAAUCAACUUGCUUUGGAUUUGUUUUGUAGCAAAGUUGAUAAGUUUUCCAGCAGGAUGGAUUACAAAGCAGUCAAGUGGAGAAAGCGCUCAGAGAAACAUCAGCUUUCAUAUGCCCUAGAGCUCUGGCUAAGAAUGUGAAGAACAUGUCUUAAUUUUAAAAAUGCUUUUAGCCUCUAAGUUUGGAAUGAACAGGAUAUAUUGCAUCAAAACUCUCAAGGUUGGGAAAUAGAUGGCCCUUCAAAUGUUGAUGGACUGCACAUCUCAUCACCCCUAGCCAACGUAGGCAAUUGUGAGGGAUGAUUGGAGUUUCACUCCAACACCAUCUGGAAGGCCACACGUUCCCCAUAUUUGCUCAAGAUUGAAUUGGAAAACAUUGUUCCAACGGGAGGUUUAUGAACAUCAAGAAUUAGAAAUGUCCUUAAAGGCAACUUGUCACUCAGCACAUACAAGUGUUAUAUACAAGUCGUAUCAGCCUUAGCCAACAUGGGUAGUGGCGAGGGAUGACAAAAGCAAUUGUAGAUUACAUUGGGACAGCCAGAAGUUGCCCAGCCCUGGUAUAAAACAUAAUGCUACAACAUUACAAUGCUACAGAUAAGUAUUUAGAAGUAAAGGUUAUGCACCAGUUAUCAGCCUCUUUCCUGGGAUGCUGCCAAGCAAGCUGGGCUAAAAUAGAAACAUGAAUUUCCAGGAUCAACUAUAUAUUUUAUUUAUAAAUCAUUUUAUAGCUCUCCUUUGACACCUAUUUUUCAUCCAUCAUCCUUCCAUAUGAAGGAGUCAGAACUAUUUUGGAUCAUAUCUUGCUUCUUUGCCUUAAUUAUUUCAGAACAAAGCAAAAUGAUGCUUUGUUACACAUGCUACUUUUAAAAAGAAAAAAUUGUGUGUGUGUUUUUAAGCACACCAGCAUGCUGAUUUUCAAGGGGAAGGGAAGUAUAAAGCUUCUGAGCAACUUGAUGUUGGAUUCUUUUUCCCAUAAGGAUUGGAAAAAUCUUGCAUCUCUAAAAGGUAGAUUUAAUGAUGUUUAAGCAGCAGGUCAAUCUCUUUACUUGUGGCAAGUUAAAAAUGUGAUGGUUCAACUUAUUUUUGAAGCAUUGUAGUAUUUUUUUACAUUAGUGCUAUGCCAAACAAAACUUAAUGAGAUGAAAAUGGUUCCACUGAUGUGUAUUAUUUUUCCUGAAAGUGAUUUGGCCUUUGGAUUGUAGUGGAUUAUUGUGUUUAUACUUGUCCUAUUUUUCAAAAUAUAUUGAAUAACUUUGUAUUCAAGCUGUGUUACAGCAAAGGAAAAGGCAAUUUCAUGUUGGUAUUGAAUCAUCUAGGUUGCUUUAUGCAGUUACGUGCUGAACCACAUGGGCAUUGAAACUGCAUCUAGAUCACAUAAUGGGAGAAUUAAUGUAGGGCAGUGGAAUUUUGUUUCCAAAUUUUCACAUGUAAUAUGUGUAAUGAAAUGUUCUCAUCUAGAACUAUAAAACGUUUCUUGACUAAA